AUGGAAGUGGCUCAAAAUACUAAUGGCCCCAMAUACUACCUUCCGCAUCACACAGUGUUCAAGUCUAACAGCUUAACUUCAAAAAUGCGUGUAGUCUUCGAUGGUUCUGCUACAACUAAGUCUGGUCACAGUCUCAAUGAUAUUCUACUAUGUGGACCAACUGUGCAACCUGAUCUAAUUUCCAUAAUUUUAAGAUUUCAAAUUCAUAAAAUUGCUCUUACUGCAGACAUAGCUAAAAUGUACAGGCAGAUACGAGUUUCACCUGAAGAUUGCGAUAUGCAAAGAAUAUGCUACAGAGAGAGCUCUGCUGAACCAUUGAAAGACUAUCGACUUCUUACUGUGACUUAUGGCACCAGAGCUGCGUCAUUUAGCGCCACUCGCUGUUUACUUGAACUAAGUUACAAUGUCAGAAAUCAUGCAACUCAGCGCGUAAUUCAACAAGAUUUUUAUGUUGACGAUCUGCUUAGUGGUGGUCAAGAUGAAGCGGAGUGUUAUGAACUUUUUCAAGACCUAGCUGAGGAACUUAACAAGGCUGGUCUACCCCUUCUCAAGUGGUGUUCAAACUCGAAUUUAGUUAUGUCAAAAAUGUCAAUUUCUGAACGUGAUCCUACUUAUCUGUUGUCUAUUAGUGAAGAAGAUACUGUCAGCACCCUAGGUCUUACUUGGCAACCAAGUAACGACUGCUUCAAAUUCAUUUUCAAGGAUUUAUCCAGGUCUCUCCACAUGACAAAAAGAACACUACUUUCCAAUAUAAACAGUGUAUACGAUCCAGUGGGAUUCCUAACGCCUGCAUUGAUUCGAGGAAAAAUGUUUAUGCAACAGUUAUGGUCUUCAAAGUUAAACUGGGACACACCACUGUCUAUUGAACUACAAACAAAAUGGGUAAAUUUUUAUCAAGGUCUAAAGGUGUUAGAGCGGUUAUCAAUUCCACGUCGUGUACCAUUUGACAGUACUACAUCGGUGCAGCUCCAUGGGUUUUGUGAUGCAUCACAAAAUGCUUUUGGUGCCUGCAUUUACUUUCGAUCAACUACCACAUCGCAAUGUCAACUAUACUGUUCCAAAUCUAGAGUAGCUCCACUGAAGCCCAGCACGAUUCCACGUUUGGAAUUAUGUGGCGCCCUUCUUUUGGCAGAGUUAGUCAGUAUGGUUGGAAAAGAGCUGGAACGCAUCAACAUUCGCUGUGACCCCAGUAAUGUCACCUUAUGGUCUGACUCAUCCAUUGUGAUAUCCUGGAUCAAUAGUGACAAACCACUAAAAUCGUAUGUUUCCAACAGAAUAGCGCAAAUAUUGGAUAUAACUAAACCCUCUCAAUGGCGCCAUGUUUCAACAACAAGUAAUCCUGCUGAUGUUAUUUCACGUGGAUGCUCAGCUGAAUCAUUGUUAUCGAAUGAACUUUGGUGGACCGGUCCUAAGAGGUUGAGUCAAAAUGAAGAGCUUUGGCCAUCCAACAGUGUCAUUCAUACUGAAUUACCCGAGGUCAGWGUAAUUCGGCCUGUUCUUGUAGUGACUCAAACGCCAGAUUUUCAAUUUGCCGAAAGAUAUUCUUCCUGGUCCAGAAUGACCCGUAUCGCUGCAAUAUGUCCUGAGAUUUUGCUACAAUGCUCAAACCAAGAUAGUAUCUGA